AUAUAAAAUCAAUUUACUGCGUGGUACAAGUUAUACGAUAAACCUCCUCCAUAAGACACAUAAGAUGAAAAAUGUGCCCAACCCCGAACAGUACAAAUAUCCUACAGGAAUACAGUUUCUCUCCAACGGGUUUAAAAGUGGAGAAGGACUUUGCUUAACUGUACUCUAAGAGGUGUUAAUGCCAGUGACUUAACUGCUCGAGGGAACGCGAGAAAAACAUAUAAAGAGAGAUCGGUGCCCCUGUGGAUCAGUCGAGCAGGGAACACGAACAAGUAACGUAAUGCCACUGCUUGCAUUCAUUCUUUUAUUACCGAUCUCCAUUGAGAACGGCCUAGUGAGUGCAUCAAGGUGCCCGGAACCAAGAAAGCCUCACUCAACAAGUUGCACGACAUUUUACAAUUGCAUUAAUCUGCCCGAUGGAGGGUUCGUUUGGGCGCCAGCCAAGUGUACGGAUGGCUUGAUGUAUCAGCCUCAGUUACGAAUAUGCGUGCUUCCUGGCGAUUCCUGGACUUGUGAUGACAUCGGACCGGAGACACAAGUUGUAACGGAAAAUUAUAAAACACCAGAAUUAAUCGAUCCUAAUCAGACCAGCUACUUAGGCUACACCGAGAACAGUGCAGAUUUUGAACCCAUCGAUUCGUCUCAUAUAAUUGAUGGAGCCUUUGACCGAAGACCUCUAACAAAAGACCAACAUCCAUCUAUGGUGACUCCAUAUCCGCUCCUUGAGGUCACCGAGUCCGGGGUGAAGACUGACGUAUUUCAAGAGUACAUCAACAGAAUGAUGCAGAAUAUACAUCUGCCGACAAUCAUGAAGCUUAGUGUGGAAAACGACUUGCAGAAAUUAUUAAAGAAUCGUCAUCAGGUACCAUCAUCAUCUGGCCACAUUAAUGCGGAACAGCUGCGAAACCACUUAUCGUGGUUCAGCCGGUUAAUUAGCGAACUCAUGGUGUAUCAAGGAUUGAACACUUCUUAUCGUCAAACUUCUUCCAUGACUAGCACGGAUAGUCCUUUAACGGAACAGCCAUCUGUAGAAAACACUCUCAAAGUUACGGAAUAUUCAGCUGAUAGCACGAACACCGUAUUGUUGAGCUACUUGAUGAAAAAUUAUGUUCUGGAAAAUCACGCGGGAAAUAUUAAUUUAAAUACCAAUUCCAAAGAAACAGAAUCGGUACAUCCUAUAAUCAACAGAAACGAGACCGAGAAUAACAACGGGAUGGAUGUGGAUAUUAAUUAUAAUCGGACGAGACAUGAAAUAUUGUUAGAAAAAAUUAUCAAAGGGCAGGCAGCAGAGAAUAGCAUCGUCUCCAUCAAAGAUAAUUUAGGUGGUACGCGGUAUAUAACUAUUACUAAGUACAGGACACUGGCUGAUCAUCUGGAUUCGGAUGACAUAGAAGUACUGCCGUGUACAAAUGGUGCACGUUUGCCAAACAUCACCGACUGCACUAAGUAUUACAUUUGCGAGCCCAAAACCGCCAUCGUCGUGGAUUUUUCAUGUCCACCUAAUACCGCUUUCAAUGACUAUAGAAGGGUUUGCGAUGUGAAGAAAUACGAGAAUUGCUUUUCGAAUGAUAACGAUAAUCACGAGAAAGGUUCCCACAGAACUAUGGAUGAAUUAAAUUCCGGCCGUAGUGCUAAAAGAAGUCCUUGUCAAACGAUUGGAAAGCAUGGCGACCCAACUUCGGAAUCUCAUUACUAUUUGUGUUAUUCGUCGUCUGGUAGAUCGUCGGAAAUAGUCCCUAUUAGGAUGACCUGUCCAAAUGGCUUGAUAUUUUGCCACGAAAGGAAGGUAUGUACUUUGAAGCAAAUCUGUACAGAGGAAUCAAGAAUAAUUACGCCUGAAGACGCGCAAUAAGAACUUAAAAAUACAAAUCGAGCGUCCCAAAACGAGCUUAUCGAAUGGAACCACUACACCUGGAUCAAGAACUCAAAGGAUUUAUGCCGUUUUGUUAUCAAACGUUAUUAGUAGCAUUAUAAAUAAUAUACUAAA